GUCAAGGAUAUGAAACCGUAUAAUAGCACAAGCGACAAAAUGGCGUCAUGGCAGGUAGAUGUAAACCUAGAUAAUUUUAAGAUAAUAUUACUUUAAAAAUAAAUUAACUGAGGCUCUGGGAUCAGUCUGAUUUUGAAAUCCAUCUAGUGCAGAUCGUUUCUGUUUUCAAAGCCCUCAAAAGUUAAAAAAUAAGAAAAACACAUAAACCAUUUAUUAUCAUGCAAAACCAAAGUUAUUGCAAUCUCUGUAAUGUUGUGUUGUCCUCAAAAGGAAUGGGAUACCAUCAUCAUUUGCGUUCAGAGCAGCAUAAGAUGAGAGUAAUAGAACCGAUUAAUAGCCGGUUAAAGAAGAUUUCGGCAGCAUUUACUGGCCGCUUACUUCGAUAUAAGUAUUUAAAUGAGUGGACUGGAGUAAAAAUGCCACCAGAGUUCUUAAAUGAAGCAGGCGAAGCUUACGUUCCUCAUUUAUCAAAUGUAUUGAAUAGUUAUAUGUCGGCCAAAGUCAAUUUUGAAUUGUUUGCUCAGUAUACACUUUUGAAGGACGAAGUGGAAUACACGGAUAUUAAAUCAUUUCAAUCAAAUAUGACAAUUGAAACCAUGUGCUGCAACUUACAACAAUCAUUUAAAGAACAUGCAGAAACAAUAAUUACCAAAAUUGAUGAGUUUCAGGAGAGUGAUAGUGGUUGGCGGCUAAAUUGGAUUCUUCGUUUGGAAAUGAAUUUUAAUAAGUACAUGCCAAUAAGAGGUGCAGCAUUUAUUGAAUUACCAUAUAAGCUUAGGCACAAGAAAGCAGUUAUCAAUGUGCAGAACAAAGAUGUAUUCUGUUUUAAGUGGACUGUUAUUGCUGCUUUAUCGAGGAAGCGAAUGCCUUAUAGAUGUUCAUCAUACAAUGUACGAAUUUUUGAUGAUUUUAUCAAAAUAAACGAUGAAAUAACACUAAAUUUUAGUGGCUUAACAUUUCCAUUAAGUCCUCGAGACAUUCAAAUGUUUUUGGAUUUGAAUCCGAUAAUAAGCAUUACGCUUUUCGGGUACGACUCAGAGAAUGAAAACGUGUUUGGACCCAUUUUUUUAUACAAACGAAAUAAAGGACCAUCACAUAAAUAUGUUGUUGGUGGAGGACGAGAACAAAUAUCAUUAUACAUGGAUCCAUAAAUUGUCAGCUUUAUUUGCAUCACAAACUGGGAGAUGUAGGCAUAAGAAAUGGUAUUGUGACAUAUGUCUCAACUUUAAAAUGAGUGAACAGGACUUCUUGAAGCACAAGGAGAUGUGCAAUGGAAAAGUUUGUACGUUGCCCAAUCCUCUGAAUGCGUUGUUAAAGUUUAACAACUUUCAAAAAAACAUUACCAGUGCCGUUUGUAGCUUAUGCAGAUUUUCUUGAACUAAGAAAUUCAGAAUUAAAUUCGAAAUUCCCAAUGUGCAAUGGAAAUAUACCACAAGCAUAUGCAUACUAUAUAAAGUGUGAAUAUGAUAAUAGUUUAGAUAAGUUUGUUGUUCAAACGAGAAGUAAUGGUAUAAAUUUUCUUAUGAGUCUGAUUCAUGAUUUAACAAAUAUUUAUAUUAAGUAUAUAAGCAGGAAAGAAUCCCCAAUUAUGAGUUCAGAAGAAGAGGAGAAGUUUCAGCAAUCAAUUACUUGCCAUAUUUGUGAAGGAGCUUUGGAUUUACAUAAGAUUAGGGAUCAUUGCAAUAUGACAGGUAAAUACAGGGGUGCUGCACAUAUGGCAUGCAAAUUAAAAUAUAAAAUUGAACCCUUUAUACCAGUAUAUUUGCAUAAUUUCUCUAAAUAUGAUUUUAAAUUACUUAUUAAUGAUCUUGUAUCCUGUUCCGGUGAAGUUAAAUUACUCCCCACCAAUAAGGAAGAGUACAUUUCAGUUUCAAAAAUAAUGAAAGUUUGUUAUAAAAGAGAUCUGGAAAUUCGUUUUCUAGACUCACAUAGAUUUAUGCCAUCCAACUUGGAUACUCUUGCAAAUAAUCUAGAUGAAGAGCAAUUGAUUACAGUUAAAACUCAUUUCAAAUGUGAAUCUCAAUUCAAAUUGAUGCGUAGAAAAGUGACAUUGCCUUAUCAAAAUACACUAAUUAAUCUUGAAGAUACUUCUUUACCACCAAGAGAAGCAUUCAAGAGCUUGUCAAAUGAAACCGAAUUAUCAGAAAAUUCAGAAGAAAAUUAUACUCAUGCACUUAACAUUUGGAAUGAUUUUUCAUGCACAACUCUUGAAGACUAUUUAGAGUUGUAUUUGAAAAGUAAUGUGUUUUUAUUGGUAGAUGUUUUUGAAUAUUUUCGAAAGCUAUGUCUACGAAUAUUUUCUCUUGAUCCAGCUCAUUUUUACACAAUACCUAGCUUAUCGUGGGAGGCAAUGUUAAAGACCACCAAAAUAGAAUUAGAUAUCUUUACAGAUAUAGAUCUACACACAUUUGUUCAAUCAGGUAUUCGUGGAGGUUUAGUACAGUGCUGUCACCGUUAUUCACUGGCUAAUAAUAAGUACAUCUCCACAUAUGAUCCAUCUAAAGAAUCUUCAUUUUUAAUGUAUUUAGAGGCGAAUAAUUUGAAUGAUUGGGCAAUGUCUCAACCUCUUCCAUAUGCGGGAUUUGAAUGGUUAUUAGAAAGUGAACUUCAAAAUGUUGAUGUUUU